AUGCCAACAGCACCGAGCAUCAUUCGCCUUGUCUCUUUUGAUGCACUCCAUACCAUCAUCACCCCUCGCCUCCCGAUACAUGUCCAAUACUCAGAAAUAUUCACACCGUACCUCGGAGUGCUGGACCCGGACUCCAUUACUCGCUCAUUCAAGUUUGCUCUGAAACAAGUUUCAAUUGAGAGACCAGCGUACAGGAAGGGCGUGUCCGCAUGGUGGGAAGAGGUCAUUCGUAGGACCGCGAUAGGUGCAGGCGCGGAUGCCCAAGCUGUCUCUCAAAGCCUUGAUGAGAUCGUACCCCGGCUCAUCCAUCGCUUCAGCUCGAAAGAGGGGUACAAGCUAUUUGACGAUACGGUGGAGACGCUUGAGGCUUUGAAGGAGAUGAAUGUACGAACAGCGUUGGUGACGGGUGCCGACUCACGAAUAUUAUUAGCCUUGGAAGACCUCGGCGUUCUACAUAUGUUUUCACCCAUCAUAACCGCCGAUAAGGAAUGCUUGAACAAGCCCUCUAUGUCCAUAUUUUUGUGUGCGUGUGUACGCGGGGGUGUAAAACCUCAGGAGGCAGUACACGUCGGCGACGACAUACAUGAUGAUUAUUGGAGUUCAUGGUACGCAGGGUAUCAUCCACUGUUGCUGAGGCGGCCAGGGGCAAUUGGUGCUGGCGAACGGAAGGAGAGAGGGGAGGAUACUUCCACAAUCAGAGUUGUUUCAGGAUUGGACAAGGUUGUUAGAUGGGUCUUCCGGAGGAAUGGGCAACGGAGUGGUGAGGCACAAUGUGAUCUUGAAGGGCUUGGGUAG